AUACGGUGUGUCCUUUGGGACAAUACGGAAAAGAAUGUGAGAACAGAUGUAACUGUGCCAAGGCUGGAGAAAACUGUUUCGUCAGUACUGGAGGAUGUCCUUCAGGCUGUGCUGCAGGCUACCGUGGGGAGGAAUGUCAAAAUCCUUGCAGUGCUACAUAUUACGGUGAAAACUGUGUUCUGUCAUGUAGCUCAAACUGUGUUGGUAGACUCUGCAAUGCCACAAAUGGAAGCUGUCAGUCGUGUAUGGUUGGAAGAGCUGGGUUAUUCUGCGACGAAGCAUGUCCUGACACAACGUUUGGUGAAGGCUGUAGAGAGACGUGCAGUACAAACUGCUCUAGCCAGUUGUGUGACCCAGUUACUGGACAAUGUGCAUCGUGUGAGCAGGGGUCGGGUGGUGAUUACUGUAAUCAUA